UGUGUUGUCACGUGAUCAGCGCGUCCUCCUCCGGACUGGUUCAAACCGACAGAAAGCUGCCGGAGCUGCCGCCGCUGGUCUGCGGAGACACUCAUCCUUCAGCCCGCUCACAGUGAGAGUCUCACACACACCCCGCUGCAGACGUUAACCCCGGUAUGUCCACAGUCUGUGUCCUGAGGACUCGGUGCUUCCUCCGGCAGGUCCUCCCCGGCCUGCCCGCCGCCAUGCAGCGACACUACAGCCUGGACGUCUCCGCUCCGCUGCUGAGGACGCAGGGCUACGUGGACGGGCGCUGGGUCUCCGCAGCCUCGGUGUUCCCGGUGCUGGACCCGGCCACUGGGCAGGAGAUAGCCCGGGUGUCGGACUGCGGCCCGGCGGAGGCCAAGCAGGCUGUGGACGCCGCGUACAAGGCGUUUUACUCCUGGAAACAGCACAGUGCUAAGGAGAGGAGCCUCCUGCUGAGGAAAUGGUUCGACCUGAUGACGCUGCACAAAGAAGACCUGGCCAAACUGAUCACCUUCGAAAGUGGUAAGCCUUUGAAGGAGUCUCUCGGGGAGAUCGGGUACUCGGCCUCCUUCGUGGAGUGGUUCUCGGAGGAGGCUCGGCGAGUGUACGGCGACAUCGUCCCGUCUCCCGCCAAAGACAGAAAGAUCCUCCUCCUCAAACAGCCCGUCGGCGUCGCCUCCAUCAUCACGCCGUGGAACUUCCCCAGCGCCAUGAUCACCAGGAAGGUCGGCGCCGCUCUGGCGGCCGGCUGCACGGUGGUGGUGAAACCGGCCGAGGACACGCCGCUGUCAGCGCUCGCUCUGGCCGAGCUGGCGGAGCAGGCAGGGAUCCCGGCGGGGGUGUUUAACGUGGUGCCUUGCUCCAGAGAGAAGACUCCGUCGGUCGGGGAGGUUCUCUGCACCGACCCGCUGGUCGCCAAAAUCUCCUUCACCGGAUCCACCGCCACCGGCAAGGUGCUGCUGAAAAUGGCUGCUGACACCGUGAAGAAGGCGUCCAUGGAGCUGGGAGGCCACGCCCCCUUCAUCGUGUUUGACAGCGCUGACGUCGACAAGGCGGUGGCCGGCGCCAUGGCCUCGAAGUUCAGGAACUCUGGACAGACGUGUGUGUGUUCGAACCGCUUCCUGGUGCAGAGCGGCAUCCACGAUCGCUUCAUGGAGAAGCUGGGCCGAGCGAUGGACGCCGAGCUCCGCCUGGGUCACGGCUCGGAGCCCGAAACCACCCAGGGGCCGCUCAUCAACGCCAGAGCGGCGGAGAAGGUGGUCCAUCAGAUAUCAGAUGCAGUGUCCCGAGGGGCGAAGGUGCUGAAGGGCGGGAAGCGUCUGGACGGGUCCUUCAUGGAGCCGACUCUGCUGGCCGGCGUCACCACAGACAUGCUCUGCACCAAAGAGGAAACCUUCGGCCCGCUGCUGCCCGUCAUCAGGUUUAACACCGAGGAAGAAGCUCUGGCUAUUGCUAAUGCGUCGAAUGUCGGGCUGGCAGGUUACGUGUACUCGCAGGAUGUGAGUCAGAUCUGGCGGAUGGCCGAGGAGUUGGAGGUUGGGAUAGUUGGAAUCAACGAGGGCCUCCUGUCCACCCCAGAGGCCACUUUCGGUGGGGUCAAACAGUCCGGUUUGGGCCGCGAAGGCUCCAAAUACGGCAUUGACGAGUACCUGGAGGUGAAGUACAUGUGCUUCGGAGGCUUGAAACCUUAAAAACCGGACGGAGCAACGCCGCAGCCACAGUGGUACCACACACUGAAUAAAUGCAGUAAUCUUUGAAGGUGGUCGUAACUGUAGAUCUCAGGAUUGACAUGAUUUAAGCAUAACAACGAAACAUAACCCACUGAAGCAGAGUUACGGUGUCCAGGGUUUAGGUCAGUGAUACUCAACUUAGGGCCCGCAGGCCAAAUCUGGCCCCGAUAGGGUACCAGGUGGCCCUCCAACUAUUUUCUAAUUCCCAAUAAAAACAAAGUUAUUCACACUGGGAAUUGUUUUUGUACUUUUAGUAAAA